GCGCGCCGCUCUUGUUGCGUGAUCCGACAGCACGGCUGGGCACCGACCGCCAUAUUAGUGGAUCGAACCCCCGAGUUCGCGUCCGUAUAUGAUUGUCAGCGAGAGGACAAGCUGCCGACUGGCGUCUCGCCGAUUGAGCGUACCUCGUCUCGCCAAGCUCCGGAUUCCUGCUGCACGUUGCCAAGAUGAUGUACACAGGGACAACUGCUUCGCAGGACACCAGGUUCAGCGACAAGGAGAAAAAACUUCUGAAGCAAAUGAAGUUUGGAGAUUCAUUGACACAAAAAGUGGAUAUGAGCAAGGUGAAACUUGAUGUGAUUAAGCCAUGGAUCACGACGAAGAUCACGCAGAUUCUGGGAAUGGAGGACGACGUGGUGGUAGAGUUUGUGUAUAAUCAGCUCGAGGAGAAGUUCCCCGACCCCCGAAAAAUGCAGAUCAACCUGACAGGUUUCCUGAACGGUAGGAAUGCCCGUUCUUUCAUGGGUGAAUUAUGGGACCUUCUGGUCUCCGCUCAGGAAAGCGUUACGGGCAUUCCCGAGGCUUUCUUGCAACAAAAAAAAGAUCAGAUUAAAAAGCGUUUGGAGGAGCAAGAGAAGCUUCAAGCAUCGUUGGCGGAGAAGGAGAAAGAAAAGGAGCGUGAAAAAGAAAAGGAUGACGCUGAUAGUAAAGUGAAGAAGGAAGAAAAAGAUAGAGGCUCGUCCAAGGAGCGUAGAAGGGAUCGAAGUAGGGAUCGUGAUAGAGACAGGAGCAAAAGGAGUCGAUCACGGGAUCGACACAGAGAUCGUGAUCGAUCGAGUCGUAAGAGAAGAUCCGUCUCGAGAUCGCCGAGUAAAAAUUCCAAGGAUAACGGGAAAGAUAUGCUUGACGUUAAGGUCGAACGAGAAGAUUCGCCGCAACCGGAAAAUGCUAUACCUCUGAUGCCAGUGAAAACCAAGCCGGAAGCCGCCGUCGCGAUAUCAAGAUUACAAGCAAAGUUGAUGAGCAUUGCUGAUGGGAAGAAGAAGAACAAUCGCACGCCGUCGCCGGAAUCCAUGGACAAAUCUGCGAGGAAAUCGCGAUCUGGGUCUAAAUCGCCGACGAGUCGUUCCAAGAAAUCUAGAACGAAGUCACCCAGCCGGGACUCGAAGAUACGUCGUUCGCGAUCGCCCGCCUCCAAGUCGAGACGAUCUCGGUCCAAGUCGCGAUCUAGGAGAUCCCGAUCCAAGUCCAGGCGAUCAAAGUCGCGCUCGCAGGAGCGUACCAAGUCGAAGCGGAGUAAAUCCAAGUCGCGAUCGCGAUCGCGAUCCAAGAAGUCACGAUCUAAGAGCGAGGAUAGGAGCAAGUCGAGAAAAUCAAGAUCCAACUCGAGCGACUCGAGAUCGUCCAAGUCCCGCUCGAAGUCACCGGAGAAACAGAAGGACAAUGGAGAUUCCAAUAGAAAGCGCAACGGUAGUACGAGCAGCAGCUCGGGAUCCGAGGAGGAGAAAGAUGCGAAGGAUAAGAACGACUUUGAGAUACGGAAGAAGAAGGAUGGCGUCCAGGCUAAGAGAUCCUAUAGGAAGACCAACAAAGAUGACAGCGGCAGUGACAGCGACUCUAGCCGGGAGAGAAAGUCGGCGCCUAAGCGAAGAAGUCCUUCGCCGCGUAAGGAUAGAGGUCGAUCCAAGGAUAGAGACAGAAACAGAUCGCGAGACCGGUCGCGAGAUAGAUCGCAAGAUAGAUCGCGAGAUAGAUCACGCGAGAGAUCGCGAGAUAGGAACCGAAGGAGAUCGUUGGACCGGGAUCGCGAUAGGAGGCGAGAACGCGAAAGGGAGAGGGAAAGGGAGAGAUUGGACCGAUACAGCGGCAGCCGCAGCAUGCGACCACCUUCGGUGCGCAGGCCGCCUAAUAGGCGCAGUCCCCCACGCAGAAGUCCGGCGAGAUAUCGUCGUAGGUCACCGAGCCCCGAGGACAGGCGUCGCAGGAGAUCGCUGGAUCAUCGAAGACGGUCGUCGGAGAGACGUGACAGGCGCCGUUCGCCCGAUCGACGUGGGAGCCGGCGUUCACCGGACGGACGGGAUCGAUCGAGCAGGUACGAUAGAUCUUCCUCGCGCGACAGAUCGAGUAGGCGGGAUCGCUCCAGAGAACGACGGGAUAAGGAUCGUCGAUCUCGAUCGAAGGAUCGUAGAUCGAGAUCCAAGGAUCAGAGGUCACCGGUGGAUGGUGCGAGAGAUGGGAAGCGGUCUCCCGAUCGUUCGAAGGGUACCAAGGAUAAGACAAAGGACAGGAAAGUGGAUGAGAAAGCUAAAAGACCGCCUGAUACAGGAUCGCGAAAAGAAUUGCGAAACGGCCGGUCUAAGUCGAGUAGCUCGGAAAGUAGCGAGAGUAGUUCCUCUAGCAAUGAGGACGAGUUACUUAGAAAAUCAAUCGAGCGCAAAACGCCGCAGGAGAAGCGAGAAAAAGAACGCGAGCAUGCGGAUGAUGCCAAGAAGAAAGAGAAGGAGAAAGAGAAACCGGUGAAAGAAGAACCUGCCAAGAGACCGGAGAAGGAAGUUAAGAAGAUAGAACCUGUUGCUGCGAAAAAGCCCGAGCCCAGUGUGUCCCCCAAGAAACUUCAAGCUGCUUCACUCCCUAUUACCAGACAUAGAUUCUCCAAGAGUUUGUCGCGCACACCCUCCCCGUUUAAGAAGACCGAAGACAUCGUGGCAGUAGCAGUCAAAAUUAAACAGACGAUUAAAGAAGACACUAAAGACGAAUCACCAAUGAAGAUUGGAGAUAUGAAUUUUACCGCUGGAGACGCUUUUCCUCUAAAGAAAGAGGAGAAAUCUUUGAAAACGACGAAAUUAGUAACGGAAGAUAAAAAGUCCACUCAAAAGCCGUUGGAACCUUUAUCUAAGAAACCUGUAGAAGUAGCUAAAAAGACAAAGAGAGAAAAGCGUGAUGGUUCUACAGAUAGUGACGAUAGUGAUGGUGAAGGCAAGAGAAAAGUGAGAAAGAUGGACAAAUCGAAGAAGUCUAAGAAAACCUCCACGGAUGAAGAUAAAUCUGACAAGAGCAAAGCUGGAUCGAGCUCGGAUUCUGAGGAUGACAGAAAGCAUUCAGAUAAAAGCAAAAAAGCUAGAGAUACUGGCCGAAUCGAUUCAAUCGAUGAUCGUAAUAAAGAUAGAAAAGACAGUAGAAAACGCGAAGUUGCUGAAAAUGAUUCGCGAAAGCGUUCAAGAAAGGACAUAGAGGAAGAAUUGAAAAAAUCAAAAAGAUCGCGAAGAGACUCUUCAUCGGGUGAAGAAGAGCAGAAAUCUAAAAGAGGUAGAAAUGAAGACGAUAGAUCAAGAUCCCGAAAAUCGAAGAAAGACUCUAGUUCCGACGAAGAACCGAAAAAAGUGAAAAAGAGGAGAGAGACUUCAUCAGACGAUGAGAAGACUAGAUCGCGAAAGUCUAGAAAAGAUUCAACAAGUGAAGAUGAAGUCAAAUCAAAAUCAAAGAAAUCUAAACGAGACUCAAGCUCAGAAGACGACGAUCUUGGAGAUAAAGAUUCAAAGAAGAAAAAGAAAGUUGACGAUAGCUCGGACGACGAAAAGGUGAAAAAGAAGCGUAAGAAAAAGGCGAAAACCAGUACCAGCGAAUCAGAGGAAAGCGAAGUUGAAGAAAAGAAGAAAAAGAAGGAGAAGAAACACAAGAAGCACAAGAAACAUAAGAAGCACAGAAAGCACAAGAAGAAGAAGGUCGCGGAUUCAGAUGAAUCUGAUGUAAGUGAAGGUAAUACGGAAGAACUGGAAAAGAAACUUCGGGAAAAGGCAUUAAAAUCUAUGAAAAAGGGACAUAGCAUUGAACGAAGUGAUUGAGACUAACAACGUGUGAUCCUUGAAAAUGUGUCAUACGUAUAUCUCUGUAUCGCGAAGCGAUAACAUUCUAAUUGUAUUAUGAAUAUGAAUAACUUCCGUUUCUUAUCAAUAAUUGGAUUAUCAUUUUUUAUCACUCAAUCCCUUCGGUACAAGAUUAAACGGUAUUCAUAUCGCGAAGUAAAAGUUUUCACAUAAAAUUGAAGAAAAUAUCCUCUUCAUUAAAUUGGUUAGAAUUGCGUAAUGAGAUUCAGUUUCUUGUAUCAGUAAAGUCUAAUCUACAAUGUAUUGUUUGCAUUUAGAAAAACAUCCUAUUUUGUAGUCGAUAAAAAUACGCUUAAAAAAUUUAUAUAAAUUGAUAAAUUGCUUAUUACACAUUUUGCAAUCGUACAAUGUCGACAAAUUUUUUAAGCGUUUUGAUUUACAUAUAUAAAAUAGGAUGUUUUUAGGUGCGACACCACAUUGUAGAUUAGACUUAAACAGUUCAUGCAGAGUAUAUUUAGUGAUACGUAUAAUCUUGUAUGCUGAUAUAAUGUAAAGAUUUUACAUGAUUUGAAGAAUUUGACAAAAAAUACACCAUUUUUUUCAGACUUUAGUUCCUAAGUAAGUUCAAGUGAAAUUAGGACUCGUAUACACAGCGAUUUAUUCAAAUUAAUUUGUAUAAAGCUUAGUUUUCAUUGCAGUGUUUAGAAAAUAAUAAAUAGUAUAUUUGAAUGAUAAUGUUACAGCAAGUUGUACAAGUCGAAGAGCAAUCGAAAACCCUUUUUGCAAAAACUAUGUGUUCCCGAAUGACAUGAUCGUUUCUAUUUUACAGUGACUCCUAAUUUCUCCUAGACAUCAGAAUCGCCAUACCGAAUUUGCAGAUACGCAAUAUAAUUUAUUUAAUAAAAUUACGUAAUUCGCUAGUAUUAAAAAAAAUAUAGAAGUAUUAAGAAUUAUACAAAUAGCGUUAUGUAUUGCUCAUACAUUUCCUGCAACUCAACAUCCUUUUAUACAAACAUUAAAAACAAUAUAUAUAUAUGAAUACAUA